UGAAACAUGCUUUAACCUAACAGGAAGCUUUUUGCAUUUCACACUACCGGUUUCUGAUAUGGCAGUGUGUUGAGUCUGUCCCCCACCCCCUGUACACAGGACAAGGAGUUUCAAUCCUGGUUUUACGGAAGGAUGUGGGAGUCCUUCUCCCUGAGCUUGUCUCUGGUUUGAUACAUGGUGGCCAUGUCAUGGAACCUGGAUUCUUGUGACACAACUGUCCCAGGAUGGGGUGCUGCAGUGUGACAGCCAGGAGAGUCAACUCCAAAGAUGAUGUCCAUGAAGAAGUUGAGUUGCUACGACGAGAGGAGAGCAAGAGACAAUCGUCCAUGAGAUCUCCAUCUACACCAUUGCCAAAUGGAGAAACUGCAUGUUUUCGACAAGAGAAGAAGGAGCCGAUCUCAACUUCAGAAAAUGGCUUAUCCAGUACAAAGCAAGCACAUUGUAACUCACAGGCUACUUUAUUUUGGGGGAAAAGCCACGAGAAAUUAAAUGAAACGAUAAUCUCAGAACCAAUUCCUGGAUGGGAAGGUCAGAAUAUCCAAACAUACGGCAGUAUUGCCAUGUCUUCCUUGGCAGUCAUGCAGAUGAACCAAACUCAGGAGUUAUUCGAAUGCUUUUUGGUUCUGUUUCCUUUUCACUUGCUGAUCUUGACGAUGGAUCAUCAAGAAAGGAGAUUUGUUUACCAGGGACUUCUGCCUCUUUCUGGAAUGAGAGUGAUUUGCGCUAACACAAGUGCAGGCCACACCUUGCAAAUCAGUGGGCCGAUGAUAGAACCUCGUCAAGUGUCUUGUCUCACUGCCAAUGAGAGGAAUAGCUGGAUAUCUUCACUACGGCACCACAUCCAUGAAGCCAAUUCCUAUUAUCCUGCUAUAUUUCCCUCCAUCAGCAUAUUGCCUUAUGUGGUGCCAUGUGACAAUGUGUGGAAGAAGAGAGAACUCAUUAAAUAUUUGACAUGUUGCCCUAUUCAGAAAUGGGAAGGCAAAGCAAUUCAGCACUUGGGCAAUACCAUUUUUCUCUCCAUGGUUCGAGUGGCUCACACUAUAGAUUCGGACUUUGAAGAUCGCCUUUUAGUAUUGUUCCCAGAUGACUUGGUAUUCCUUUCUGUAGACACAGAGAAAACAACUGUAACGCACCAGGGUACUCUUCCACUUAAUGCAAUUCAUGUCAAGGAAGGUCUAACCUGGAAUGGAAGAUUGGAGUUCCAAAUCGCAGGUGAUCUUAUGGAGCCAAUCUUAGUGUUUUGUUUUACUUCCCAUGAUUACAACAAAUGGAUUUUCCAUCUACAAAAGCCAGAACAAGAAAGCGGUGGUAUUGGCCUGCAUCCACCACCAUCCGUUCCUUUUAAAUACAGAAAACGAUAAGAACAAACAAAUUUUUCUGGACGGAUUUACAGUUUUUUUUACUGAAAACAUUCAGAAACCGACAGUCUCCUGUGCAAAACUAUAAGGUGGGAUAUUGAAAGUCAAUCUGAAAAACGUCUAAAUGUCUUGUCAAUCCUUCAGUGUUUGGAUAAGCGUAAACUUUCAUGAACUGAGUGAGCGUGUCAUGGGUUAUCUUUUACUACUCAAAAGGAAGCGGAGGACCGUCAUAUUUUUAAUGUCAGACCGAAAGAGAAGUGAGUCUUUUAAGAUGUGAAAUCUUGAAGAGGACCUGCAGCGCAUUAAUCGACCCCUUUUGCUCUUCAAACUUUAAAACAUGUUAAAGGGCUGAUCAUCCAGUUUUAUUCAACGCAAUCUUUUUUCAAAAUGAACUACACCUGUUUGCUUGAGCAUGGUUUUACGUGUUUUAUCCAUGGUCAGACAUAAGCUAUUAAAACAAAAAAUGUCUGUGUGUAUGCUGUAAAAACUACCUUCAGGAAUAGUUUGCUGUGUAUGAGUUAUUAGCUGUAGACUAUGGUAUGUGUGGAAGGUUCUGCUUUGUGCUUUCUUGUGUCAUGCCCUACAGAAUCUACUUAAAUUGUGCAAUUAUUUAUGUACCUGUUCUAAAGAUACUGAUCGGCUCGGAUUGCAUAUACUCUGUAUGGUGGGAAUAGAGAGAAAUGUCCAGAUACAUUGUAUCUAUUCACACAUUUCAGAAAUUUAUUUUCAUUGAGACAUUGUAAGCUCAAACAGUGUUUACAAGAUUAAAGUUAUAAACCAUGUAAAAGUGUGUUCUAAUAAACGAUGUAAAAAAUACAUUUGUUUGAAAAGGUUUAAUCCGUCCAUGUUUUGUUGUAAGAAUAGUGUAUUGUAAUUCAGGUUGAAAGAAGAUUUCAGUCCAUCAAGUUUAGCCUUUCAAGCAUUUUUUAUGUGGUUAAUUCAAAAGCAAACAAACAGCAUCAUUUCGAAGUGAUUGCCAGUUGAGUCACUAAA